AUGAAGUUCGCCAUUGCCUCUCUCUUCAUCGCUGUCACUGGUCUGGUCAACGCCCUCCCCUCCCCCGAGGUUGAGGCCGACGUUCCCAACUUGUCCGUCAGAGCGAAAUCCGGAGACUCUUGCAGCAAGUCCGGUAGUGUUACCUGCUACGCCCAAAAGGGUCAACCUAAAUCUUCCAUUCUCGUUUGCUCCAACGGCAAGUGGAAAACUCAGGCCACUUGUGCUCGUGGAACUUCAUGCAGAUACGACAGUGGUAAGAACUGGGCCUGGUGCGGGUAA